AUGGACAUCCAUCGCUGCCGCUUCGUGCCCUAUCAGCCCUCGGCCAUCAACGCCGUGGCCUUUUCGCAUCCCCAGGCAAAGUCAAGCUUACACAGAUCGAUUGCGAGGCUGGCGGUCGGGCGGGCCAGCGGCGACAUCGAGAUAUGGAACCCCUCGAGCGGCAUCUGGCACCAGGAGCUCGUCAUCCGCGGCGGCAAGGACCGAAGCGUUGACGGCCUUGUCUGGAUCAACGAGCCCGACCAGGAUCUGGGAGGCGGCCGCACGCUGAUUGGCAAGUCGCGCCUCUUCAGCAUCGGCUACACCUCGACCGUGACCGAAUGGGACCUCGAAAAGGCAAAACCACUGAAGCACGCCAGCGGCCAGCAUGGAGACGUCUGGUGCCUCGCCGCCCAGCCCCCAGACGAGGCCGGCUCCGAGACCCAAGCCUCCAACAAGCUCAUCGCCGGCACCAUCGACGGCGAGCUGGCCAUUUACUCGGUCGAGGACAACGACCUUCGCUUCCAGCGCUUGUUGGUCAGGUCUCCGACCAAGAAAGCGCAAAUGGUCAGCAUCACGUUCCAGUCCCGCAAAGUCGUCAUUGUGGGCUGCUCCGACAGCACAAUCCGAGCAUACGAUGUUGGCAGGGGCCACAUGCUUCGAAGGAUGACCCUCGGGUCUGAUCUGGUGGGCGGCGCCAAGAAUAUCAUCGUCUGGUCCGUCAAGUGCUUGCCAAACGGUAAUAUCGUCUCCGGCGACUCGACGGGCCAGAUUUGCAUUUGGGACGGAAAGACGUUGACCCAAGCGCAGCGGAUUCAGAGCCACAAACAGGACGUUCUCAGCCUCGCCAUCAGCGGCGAUGGAUCUUCCAUCAUGAGCGGCGGCAUGGACCGAAGAACCUUUCUCUACAAACAGAACGCCGGCGAGGGGCAGCGUUGGAGCAAGGCUUGGGGAAGACGGUACCACGAUCAUGAUGUCAAAUCUAUGGCGGCGUUUGAGAGCGGGCGCAUGAGCGUCGUGGUCUCGGGAGGUCCAGACGCCAACCUGAUGAUUGUGCCUCUCAAGGAAAUGGGGCGGGAGAACCAUAGAACGAUGAGUAGCCUGCCGCAGCAACCUCCGAUGGCAAGCGCCCCUGGUGCUCGAUUCAUGGUCAGCUGGUGGGAUAGACAAGUCCACAUCUGGGUCUUUAAAAAGCCGGCAACCGAACUCUUCGACUCGACUGGAGACGGCAUCGACCUCAACCAGAACCGGAAGCUUCUCAAGUCCAUUGUCAUCAAGGGGGACUCCAACAUCACCUCGGCUACUGUCAGCAGGGAUGGCAUGCUCCUCGUCGUAUCCACGGCGAUAGAUGUCAAGGCCUUUCGCCUAAAGCACGAGGACCCAGCCAAGCCCUCGGAUGUCAACGUCGCCUCCGCCGAGCUUCCUCAGAAGCUUACCCACCUCGGAGCUAGUCUGGUAAAGCUGUCGCCAAACGGCCGAUGGCUUUGCCUGGUCCAGGAAGGCUCUCGUGUCCUCAUCGCGGACAUGCAGUCAAGCCAUGAAGCACCAGACUCGACGAUUCAACUACAACGAAUGAAUCGUCUGCGCCGCGAGAUCCCCCGGCACAUUACGAAUGGCGGCCUCGGCCGCUACGACAGGAGCAUUACGCAAGCCGACUUCAGUCCUGACUCUGAGAUGUUGGCCGUCGCAGACCUGGCAGGGUACAUUGACACGUGGAUCUUGCGCGGCCCCCGGGAGGGCCCGAAGAAUGGGAAUGGCAGCGGGGGUGGCGAUGACGCGGCGUCGUCGGAUAGCGACUCCGAGGAAGAAGAGGCGGCCUCGGACGCCGACAAGCGGUGGAUCCGCAACCCGAAUGCAAAGCUCAUACCCAAGCUGCCUUCUGCCCCUGUCGUCCUAUCCUUCUCCGACUCAAUCACCGAACGGGUUGUCCUACCGGGCACCUUGGACCUCGGGGGAGACGCAUCGGGGGAUUACGUUCUUGCUGCCAUCACGUCCAACUGGCACAUAACUGCGUUCCAUCCUCGGCACGCAUCGCUCACAGCAUGGGCCCGUCGGCAUCCGCGAAUGUAUUUGCCCGCCGCGAUUCAAGACCUCCUGGACCUGCCCAAGGGAAUCGUGUGGCAGGGUUCGAGGGUGUGGGUGUACGGCGUAUCAUUUCUUUUCAUGCUCGACAUGAGCCAGGACCUUCGCAAGUCAACCAUGGACGGGGAUGCCCCUGCCGACUCGCAAGUGACGCAUGGGACAAAGCGCAAGAGGACGGGCCUGACCACCGGAGCAGGAGGCGUCAACGAGAAGGAAAAUCUGACGCCGCACAAGGUCCGCAAGCAUGGAGACGACGAGCAGUACGAGGAUGUGGACGUGGGCAAAGCCUCCCGCGGAAGCGAAAGUGAUGGCGACGACGAGUUGCCCGACGCGGAGGGCGAGCUGUCCCGACUUCGCAACGGCAAUGCGGAGGCCGGUGAAAGUGUCGAGGAAGUGGGCACUUGCGCGGAGCGCAAGAAGUGGUGGAUCACAUACAAGUAUCGUCCGAUCCUGGGCAUGGUGCCCCUCAACACGGCCGACCAGCCGCUCGAGGUGGCGCUGGUAGAGAGGCCGACGUGGGAGAUGGAGAUGCCGGAGCGGUACUUGGUUGGCGACGAACGCGAUCGGUGA